AUGGUGACCUAAAUUAAGCGCGUAGGUUUGAACGUAGAACAUCUCCCGAACGUUGUUGGAUAAAAUAACGUUCGUAGCAAGCGCUUAUAGGAUCAACAACGGUAUUACGGUGCGAGUUUUUUAAAAAAAAUAUGGAGUUCGUAAGUGGGGGUCUAACGUUGGUUAAGACAUUAAGAUCUGCUGAUGUGGAUGCUGAAGGAUUGGUCUAUGUCAUAUAAAAUCGUAUUUUAUUGAAAAAUUUGUAUAUUGUGCAAUUUCAAGGAUUGAUAUAUAUAUGAAAAUAAAAAUUUGUUCAUAUUUUUAUAUUUUUUCAAUAUUAAAAACAAUGCAAGAGCUCACAGUUUUUCAAAUUUUAUUUAUUCUAACUAUUUCGGCUACUGCUAUUCCAAAACCGGAGGACGGGCCUAAACAACGUGUACUGCAUAAGGAUUUAAGUGAUCAGGAACAUUAUAUUAACUCACAACAUAAUCCAAGUUACGAUCAUGAGGCUUUCCUUGGAGAAGAUGCCAAAACAUUUGAUCAAUUAAGUCCUGAGGAAAGUACUAGAAGAUUAGGAAUAAUUGUUGAUAAAAUAGAUGCGGACAAAGAUGGAUUUGUUACCAAGGAAGAACUUAAAGAUUGGAUAUUGUAUACUCAGCGGCGAUAUAUUCAAGAUGAUAUUAAUCAUCAAUGGGCAUCAUAUAAUUUAAAAGAAAAAGAUAAGCUACCAUGGAAAGAAUAUAAAGACAAACUUUAUGGACAUAUCAAUGAAAAUGAAAGUAAUAAUCAAGAUAAAUUAGAAGAGGAAACAUUUUCUUAUGAAGCGAUGCUCAAAAGAGAUCGCAGACGUUGGAGUGCAGCUGAUCUUGAUAACGAUGAUGCGCUUACAAAAGAAGAAUUUGCUGCAUUUCUGCAUGCAGAAGAAGCUAAUCAUAUGAAGGAUAUUGUAGUGUUAGAAACUAUGGAAGAUAUUGAUAAAGAUGGAGAUGGAAAAAUAUCAGUUGCUGAAUAUAUUGGAGACAUGUAUAGAGGUACAGACGAAGAAGAAGAGCCUGAAUGGGUUAAGAAUGAAAAAGAACAAUUUUCAUCUUACAGAGAUAAAGACCGUGAUGGUUUUAUGGAUUUUGAAGAGGUAAAAAAUUGGAUUAUUCCCGCGGACUUCGAUGAUGCAGAAGCAGAAGCCCGACAUUUAAUUUAUGAAGUUGAUACGGAUGCUGAUCAAAAACUUACUAAAGAUGAAAUAUUAGAUAAAUAUGAUAUUUUUGUUGGUUCUCAGGCAACUGAUUUUGGACAAGCAUUAACAAGACAUGAUGAAUUUUAAUAGCUUAUCAUAUUUUUAUAACAAAAUUCUUACCAAAAAUUCUUUAUCAUAAGCUUCAAUGAACAAAUUAUUAUAUAAUUUAUAAUAUAUAUAUAUAUUUACAUGUAUAAAUCAUGAUUUUUUUAUAAAAGUUUGCUUGUUAUUAUUUUUUAAUAUUAUUAUCAAAUAUGAAAUACAGAAGUCAUUGGACGACUAUUUAAAUAAAUCACGAAUAUUUACCUUA